CAACCGAGUGAACAGGAACCAGGCCAGUUCUCCCCAAAAUCUGUAAGUGCGAUUCUGAAACCCUAGUUUAUUUUCCAAUUCUUGCAAUGUUUCGUUCUGUAUGCAAUACAUUUGUUCGGAAUAGGAUAAUUAAUGGAGGAGAUCUUAAACCCCUUUCUCUAUGCUCACAUCUUAUAUCACAAAACCCUUAUUUUAUCAAAAUUAGAUUUAUUUCAUCUUCAAUUAGUUCAAUAGACCAACCCAAUUCUUCUUGUUCUUCAUUUGUAGUUUCUUACUUGAUGAGUUGAUGUGGGUUAACUGAAAAACAAGCUAUCUCUGCUUCUAAGAAACUUAAUUUCAAAACCACAUCUAGACCAGACUCUGUUGUUACCUUCUUUCAAGAUUACGGGUUCACUAAACCCGACAUCUCCAAAAUCAUUACCAAAGUGCCAGUCAUCCUUUUAUCUGAUUCUCAUAAAACCCUUAAACCCAAACUUGAUUAUUUCAAUUCUAAAGAGAUCUCUAGACUUGAAGUCGUCAAGGUCUUAUCUACCAACCCUGAAAUUCUAAAAAUAAGUUUAGAAAACCAAAUCAUUCCUGUUUUCAAUUUCCUCAAGAAAGUAGUUGGUACUGACAGAUACGUGUUAGCCAUUUUCCAACGCUCAAGAUUUCCUCUAGAACUAAUUGAGAAAGCAAUGAUCAACAUACAGGCUUUGAGAAAUGAAGGUGUCCCUCAAUCAAGGAUUGUUAAGUUUCUAAUCAGCAGACCCUCGACACUAAUAAUAAGCACUGUUAAAUUCAAGGACAUUGUACAUGAGGUUAAGGGUAUGGGUUUUGAUCAUUACAAAAAUACAUUUCUUAUUGCUAUUAUAGCAAUCACAGCGAUGACAAAAUCAACAUGGGAAUCAAAACUGAACGCUUACAGAAAAUGGGGUUGGUCAGAAGACGAAAUUCUAAAUGCUUUUAAGAUUCAUCCUGCAUGUAUGACGUUCUCUGAGAAGAAGAUAUCAACAACAACGGAUUACCUUGUGAAUCAAAUGGGUGUUAGUUCAUUGCUUAUUGCUAAAUGCCCAGUGAUUUUGAGUUAUAGCUUGGAGAAGAGGAUUAUACCAAGGAUUUCUGUUCACCGAAUUUUAACAGAUAAAGGUCUAAUGAAGGAUAAAAUUUCAUUGUAUACAAUUUUGCAAAUGGGUAGGGAGUCUUUCUUAGACAAGUUCAUCAUCAAGUUUGAGCAACAAGCUCCUGAGCUAUUGAAGGUACUGCGCUUUAUGUCUCCUUCAGGUCAAAGAACUCUCAUGAGAAUUUGUUGGCUCAUGUAGAUGUAAUAGCACAAACAUACAAAGAUUUGUCAAAAUUUCUCUGGAAAAGGUAUUUUCCUCUUUAAAUUUCCUCCAUGCUAUGAUCAUCAUUGCAAAAUUCUAACUCACUUGGAGCACUCACAAAUUCAAAAGGUAUCGGAUUGCAUAAUGCAAGCUUUUUUCACAUAUCCAGUGUUAUCACUGUUUGGGAGCUUGCCCAUGACAUAUUGUCCCUGUCUCUACUAGGAUAGCUUAAAAUAGUAGUCUUUGUAUCUCCUAGUAUCAGCCCAAUAGUAAGAAAACUGAGGGUAUUUCUUUAAUUAUGCAAUUUGGUUUUCCAUGAUAUGCUGGAGUAGCAUUAAGAAGACUCGCAAGCGGCUUCAAUGCAACAGAAACUGGUCUGACAUCAUGGCGUAGUUUGUAGGUUCCACCGCAAGGCAUCGAGCACAGAGGAAGGCAGUCUGGUAGGAGAUGUUGCUGCAGUACUAUGGGCUCCAAAAUUAAAGCCAGAAAGCAUGGAAUUGGAAUAAGAAGCUUUGAAGCUAACGAAACUGUUAAUAUAGAAUGAGAAAGGAUCUGACAGAUCUCUCAUAUAACCACUAGUAGGUUAUAUUAGUAUGUUUGGACUUUUAGUUUGUAUUCCCUCCAGUCACAAUGGUAUUAGCAAACUAGUUUGCGCUAGCUACUCUACCAGAGGUCCGUAAUUUAGUAAAUGAUGGUACACAUCAUGCCUGAAACCAACAUUUUGCCCGAGUAUGUACCAAAAACAGGUGUUAAAACUUAAUAUACUUUAUCAUUAAGUUGUGUCAUGAUAUUUCUCUGCUUUGGCACAAUAUUUCUCUGAUGCGUAAUGCUAUCAAGUAUCUAUAGUGGAAGAAUAUCCCACCAAAAACCAUUGUAUGCCCUUAACUGUUCAUGUAUGCCCUUAACUGUUCAUGUAUGUUCUUGUCAUUAGUUUUAAUGUGUGAAGAUCAUAAGGAACACUGAAUCUCGGGUUGUCUGACUAGUGAAAUUAUUGGAAGUUGGUGCCGUUUCAGAUGUUAAUAUGGCUUGAGUUGUUUAAGAUAUCAGUCCAUUAUUGUUCAAUAUUUUCCUUAUCAGCUAUGCAAGUGAAAUUGCAUUUCUUACCCGAUACAUUUUCUUGAAACAUUCCUUACCUGAUACAUGUUUUUUUUUGUUCUUGGAACUAGAAUUUAUGCAAGAUUUCUUUAACUUAACAUUUUCUUAAUGAAGAAUACAGAGAGGGAGUUAUGCUGAUACUUACAGGGCAUCUAGUAAGCUAAUAGGAAUAGGUGUGUUCUGUGCAAUAUUGAGCUAGGACAACAAUAUUGAAUAUGAUAGCUUUAAAAUGAGUUCUAAGGUAAAAAGUUUUCAAGUAUCUUUGGAGGAAGAAUAUCCCACCAAAAGCACUGGUCUUUCUCUGGUUUGCUGUGUAAAAUGCUGUACAGACAGUGGAUGACCUCAUUAAGAGGGGUUGUGAGAUUACUGAAGUUAUUUGCUGUGUAUGCAACAAUAGCUUGGAAAAUGUGGAUCACCUGCUUUUGCAAUGCCCUUUCUUGAAGAGAAUUUUGGGAAUAUCAGAUCAAAGUUGGAUUCAACUUGAGUAAACAAAAACUCUGUUCAAACCGAAGGCUGACAGGUUUUUAAGGGGAAGCAACUAGCGAAGAAGAUAUGGCCGCUGCUCCCAUUUGCAGUGGUAUGGGCAAUCUGGUAUGAAAGAAACCGAAUAGUGAUGGGGAAGAAAUGAGGAAGAAGUUUGGAUGAGAUCAUCAUUGAAAUUAAAAGGUGGUUAUUUCAAUGGGGUAGUCCACAGCUGGUUCAAAAUUUUCACUUUUAGGUAUUAAUUUUGAAUUGGGAGGCACAUGAAUCGUAACUAAUUUCAUUUUGAACUGAACUUUGGGCCUGGGGCUGGGCUCUAUGGUGGUCAAAGUUUUUAUCAGGAAACAGAUCGUGAAGUCUCCUUCUACAUCUAGCAGCAAAGGUGAGCUCAGCGGCUGGUGGUGACAUUAAAAUUAAGAACUCUUUUUAGUGCUAUUUUAUGAAGCUGUGUAAAAUGUAAGUAGUGCAAUGUCAAUUUCUUACAUUGGAAGGGCGAAAAAGAUUCUGUAACAAAAGCAUAAAGCAUGGCAGAGCUGCUUAGACCACCCAGUAUUUUUCUGUUACAA